AUGAGAUCGUUCAAGGGAUCUACGUCGGAGAGCAGAAAUUCCGACACCUCUCGAGGCCCUGACGUGGCAAGUCCAUCCGCGGAGGCUGUAUCGUCACAAAUCCUUUUGGAGCCGACGGAACGGUUGUUGAAGAUCAUGUACGGAGAGGAGCAAUAUGUAGAAGGGGGAAAGAUGGGUAGUGGAAAGCAGGAGGCAACUGGAGAGCAGGAGGCAACUGGAAAGCAGGAGGGAGCUGGAAUGCAUCCUCUCAGGUCGCGGGUUGUUACAUGGGGGGGUGGCAUUCCGUUGGAGGCUGUUCUGGCUAAGUUGAAGGGUUUGGAAGGAAGCGCUGUUGGCGAAGAGUUAUUGGGGGAGUUGCGCAGUGGACGUGUUAUGGGACGGGACAAGAGUGGGAAGGAGCGCUUUAUUUCUUCCUUGACGCCCAUAGAGCGCAUUCGGCUGAGUUCGAAGGAAAGGAACUAUCAACGAAUGCUCUAUGGUGUGAGUCAGAUCAAUGCAUUGAAACAGUAUACAGAGAACCCCUAUCGCCAGACAUUGGUUCUAGAGGUUCGGCAGAGUCUUAGCAUUGCUGUCAGCUCCCUUAUGAUUAUUGCUGCCUCAUUCUUUGUUGGAUUUUACUUGAAUCCUUUCAAUACCCUGCAAGCCAGAAUACUCACAGGUUUGGUCGCGGCUGCUUGUGGCGCUAUGUUGGAACUCGCACUCAUGGUAACUCAUUUCAACAAGAUUGAUCUCAUACAAAACAAACAGAAGAACUCAGGGACCAAGGACACAGGGACCAAGCGCCUCAAGGCUUCAACCAGCAAAAUGGCAGCAAUAACCAAAAGAAGAGAUGAAGGCGCAUCAGAAGCUGAUUUGACAACUGUGCCUUCCAGCGCAGACACCAGCAGCAAGGCAGACGACGAAGGAAGGCACGAACACGAGCUAACACAUAGAAAGAGCUGCACUUAA